AUGGGGCAGGGGGGCUGGAAGGGGCUAUGCCUGUCGUUGUUUGACUACAAGACGGAAAAAUACGUCAUCGCCAAGAACAAGAAGGUGGGCCUGCUCUACCGGCUGCUGCAGCUGUCCAUCCUGCUGUACUUGGUGGUGUGGGUGUUCAUGGUGAAGAAGGGCUACCAAGACACAGACACGUCCCUGCAGAGUGCUGUCAUCACCAAAGUCAAGGGCGUGGCCUUCACCAACACCUCGGAGCUUGGGGAGCGGCUCUGGGAUGUGGCUGACUAUGUCAUCCCACCUCAGGGAGAGAAUGUCUUCUUCGUGGUGACCAACCUGAUCGUGACCCCCAACCAGCGGCAGGACACCUGUGCUGAGAGUGAGCACAUCCCCAAUGCUGAGUGCUCUGAGGACAGCGACUGUCGCCCUGGGGAGGCUGUUAUCGCUGGCAAUGGAGUGAAGACUGGCCGCUGCCUGCAGGCAGGGAGCACGGCAAAGGGCACCUGCGAGAUCUUCGCCUGGUGCCCCGUGGAGGCAAAGUCCAAGCCAGCGAAGCUGCUCCUGGGUGAGGCUGAAGAAUUCACCGUUUACAUCAAGAACUCCAUCCGUUUUCCCAAAUUCAACUUCUCCAAGACCAAUGUGCUAAACACCCAGAACAGCUCUUUCCUGAAAACCUGUCGCUUUGACCUCAACAACCUAUACUGCCCCAUCUUCCGACUGGGCUCCAUCGUCCGCUGGGCUGGGAGCAACUUCCAAGAGAUGGCCCUGGAGGGCGGUGUGAUAGGAAUUCAGAUUGAAUGGGACUGUGAUCUUGAUAAAGCACCUUCUGAAUGCAACCCUCACUAUUCUUUUAGCCGUCUGGACAACAAAUUUGCAGAAAAAUCUGUCUCCUCUGGGUACAACUUCAGAUUUGCCAAAUAUUACCGAGACACAGCUGGAGUGGAGUUCCGCACCCUGAUGAAAGCCUAUGGGAUCCGCUUUGCCUUCCUCUCUCUCUUCCAGGCAGGGAAGUUCAGCAUCAUCCCUACUGUCAUCAACGUGGGCUCUGGGGUGGCACUCAUGGGAGCCGGGGCUUUCUUCUGUGACCUGGUUCUCAUCUACUUCAUCAAAAAAAGCCACUUCUACCGCGGCAAGAAGUACGAGGAAGUCAGGGGCCGAGAGGUCGGGGACCCGCUGGCCGAGUCUUCGCGGCGGGGCGGGGCCUGGGAGGCGGAGGAUGCUGAGGGACCAGGCCCCGGGGGACCACAGGGCCUUGAGCAGAGCUCGCGAGAGGAGCCCGAGGGGCAGCGGUCUGGGCUGCCGGAGCGGCCCGGGGUGCAGGACGGAGGCGGCGGCCGGAAGGGGGACGGCUACGUGUGCCAGCAGCUCCUCGAGGGCUGCGCCCAGCCCGCCAGAGUGGCCGCCUUGCUGGCAUUGGAGGCUGGCCUAGUCUUGGCCCAGUAUUGCCUGGUACUGUCUGUGCAAGGCCCCAGCUGCCAUCACAGCGCUGACUGCUGUUCAUUGCUGAGACGGCUCAUCUACCUGAGUCCGGGCUGCAGCCGGGGAUCCCGACAGACAGCCUCCCUCUCCAAAUGCUCGCACGGCCUGUGGUCUGGCCACCUGGGGAAAGGAAAGCUGAAUGUGGAGCAGCUGCAGAACCUGCAGACAGUGGAGACGUAG